AUGCUGCCCUUUGCAGACGAGGAGGCCGCAGCUGUUGGGGCUCCUCUCUUCACCUUGUCCUCUAGGGGCCAGCAGCAUAGGCAGACUAGCAAUCAGAGGGUGGAGGGAGAGACACAGAGCAUCUGGCUUCUGCAAAUAACAGCUUCCCGGAAACUGCUCCCCACGAGCAUCUCUAGAACAAAAGCAAGGACUCAAGCUGGCAUCCUUCAAUCAGUCCCUUCCAUCUGCCAGGUCAGCAUCACCUGCCGCGAGCCUUUGAAGUCAGGUGCAGGGGCCAGGGAGCCCGCCCAGAAGACCCCUACAGGCAGUGGGGUGCAGAGGUCAAGAAUCAAGAGGGGAGAAGGAAGAGAACAGAAGACCCAGGACAGGGGGAGGAGGCAUGGACUUUGGGAUAAACAAGGAAAUGACAAUCUCCAGUCAGAGUGUGCAUAUGGGAUAAGAGGAAUGAAGACAAGGACUUCCGGGAUGAGGACACGAGCAUCCUUGAGUUUGGCUGCCUGCAAUCCAGAUACCACCCCUGAGCAUGCUGAGGGCCUGCUGUACAAACAGCCCUGGAGAUCUCCGAGUGAAAGAUCCCCAGGAAAGGUCUUCAUGGAGAAAGUAACAGCUGCAUCUGGCCGCACAGCCAGUCUUCUGAGCUCUACCCACAGGCAGAUUUAGAGAGAUGAAGCGGAGACAGGACCCAAAGGGAAUCUUCCAAUGUAUGGUGCCAGCACUAGGAACGCCAUCCUCACAACGCCCCAAGGCCCAUGAAGGAUGCUGGUCCAAGGAAGAUGCCCAGGCAAGUGGAGCCCAGUCGUGGCAGUGCAACCCCUGGGAUUUGUAUCCCCUUUCUCUGGUGUCCUGGUCUUUUCUUGUCUUGUUUGGGAUGGUUGGGCCAGCAGGAUAGCCAUACAGCUCUAAACCUCAGGACUCAGAAGAGAGUGUACUGGGCUAGGAGCACACCCACACCCACACAAGUAGUCCUCUUCUGUUCCCCGUGACCUUUCUUGGGAUCUCUAGAACCUCUGCACACAUAGCCUUUUAGAUCUGAAACCUCCAGGACUCUGGAUGGGCCAUGUCCUGAGACAUCUGGGAGCCAGCUGCAAGUGCUCUACCUGAUGGAUACCCAAGACUAACCCCCAAAUUGUGGCAGAACUGUCAGGAUGCUAGCCUGGCUGACUCUGUGGGUGCCUUAGAUGCGAGUUUCUAUGGACCUGUUGGUGGACAAUUAACCGAGUGAAAAUAGUUGGCCUUUCUUUCAUGCCUACUGCGGGGCAGGCACUGCUCUAAAAGCUUUUGUGGAUUAAUUUUUUAUGGUUUCAACAAUUGUCCCCAAGAGGAUAUCAAGGUAUGGAAAGGGUUAAGGACAGUGAGGGUCAUGCAGCUGGUGGCUUGCUGGGCCAGCACUCACAUCUAGGUCUUCAGGCUUGGGAGCCUGCACUUUUGAUGCUGGCAGAGUUCUGUCUGCUGCCUUUUUGUUGUUGCUGUUGUUUUUGCUUUGUUUUGUUUUCCAAGACAGGGUUUCCCAGUAGCUAUGGAGCCAGUCCUAUUUGGUUUUGGGGGGUUUUGUUUUGUUUUUUUUUUUUUUUUUUGAGACAGGGUUUCUCUGUGUAACUGUACUCUGUGUAGCUGUCCUGGAACUAUCUCUGUAGACCAGGCUGGACUUGAAAUCACAGAUAUCCACCUGCCUCUGCCUGAAUUCAGGGAUUAAAGGUGUGUGCCAUCACUGCCAGGCACGUCUGUUGCCUUUUGAGUGAGGUGCCUGGAUGUGUCCUGUUCCUCACUGUGUCCCAGGGCCUAACCUAAGGCUGGUUCUCAGUACAAGAGCCAGAGCUCUCGGGCCCCUGGCAGACAGAGUUGGCCUUGACUAGUUCAAGGUAGAAGGUCUAAGUGGUAGGGGUGGAUUUACAGAAUCGCUCGCGUCCAGGACUCUGUGCAAAUAACCUCCCCAUGGCUCAUGACAUCAUGGGUAAAGGAAUUUGAGCAGUUUUCCAGUUCUGGAUUGACUAGACCCCAGCAGUAGCCUCCAGCUGCAAGAAUCAACCUGUUUCAAGGUAGACUUGCCAGCGGCACCAAAAUCCCUUCCUACCCCACUGUGCCAGACAGACGAAGCCAGCCUGCGACCUGCAGCUGCAGGCAAGUCUGUGUUGUGUGCUUCCUCUCUCCGACUACGCAGCUUCCUUUCUGUGGAGGGGUACACUGCCUGUCCUCUUGAGGAUUUUGUGGGAAGAGUCUCAAGGUGCAGUCUACUAGCCUCCUGCGCCCCCUGGUGGAAGCAACAAGGAACGACGGGUCCUCUUCUCUGCAGUCUUGAGUCUAAUCUUCCAGGACUCCCUUCAGCCCUCAGUCCCAUCUCUUUUUACUUCCAUUCAGUUACCCUUGAUUUACUUCCUGUUCAGUGGCUUCCAAGAACACAAAUGCGACAGGGAUGCUGUGUGUAAGCGUGACACUGUCUAUAUUCCAAGAUUCUCUUACACGCACACACAUGCACACACACACACACACACACACACACACACACACGUGCACUGACUUAUUCAUUUCUAUUGUUUGCCACACUCUUCAGGAGAUUCGAGGGCCAUCAUCCCAGGCCUUAAAGACACACAGCCUGGCCGACUAACAGGAUGCCACAGAGCUAAAGUUCCUGGAAGGCCACCAUCCAAUGCGGACUGACCAGAUAUCACAACAGCAACCCUGGACGGAAAGCUCAGUGUGCCCCAGGCUAAACAAGAGGGGUCUUCCUGUGGCCUGCUUCCUGGGGUCUAAAAAAAAAGGCUCAGAAUUUUAGUGACCUUGGGAAAGGAGAGUUGACCGCAAACAAUCAAGGAGUUUUAAACCCCAGGCUACACUUGGGGGUGGUUCUAAAUUGGACUUCUAGUUAAAUGCGAUUUCUGCUGGGUUCCCAAGGUUGGGGAGGGAUUUCUAACACCCCUUGCAGUUAGGAUACUCAUGGGACACCCCUGAGCUAGAUCUGUGAUGGCAUUUGCAAGUGGGGCCUCCUUCUUAGUGCAGCCGGCAGCUCUGCGAGAGCUGUCUAGAGGCUGCGAACCGGCGGCAGACUGACAGAGCUUGGCUUAGGUGGGGGCUUGGAUGUGUAUCAGUUCCUUGACAGCGUUCCUUCCUUUCCUACCACUGCAGCUGUGGCUGUCAGCUUCCCUGUUCCUCAGUUGCUUCCCACCCCACGUCUAAGGCUGCAGAGUUCUUCAUGCGCUCUCUCUCUCCCUCCCUUGCCUUACAGAACUGCCCUUGGCCUUCACUAUGGAGACACAUGAGCCCAGGCCUCAGAGAGUUCAGGUUCUUGUGAGAAAAACGACACACAAACAAUUUCAAAGGAGUCGCGUGCCCCUUCAGUCUGUGUGUGCCACAGUGGCUUCAGCAGAGACGCUAAGGCUGCCGAGUAGGCAGGCCCCUCAGUAAAGCCCACCCGCGAGGAAGCAGUGGUCCUAUUGUUUUCUCUGACUGUCAUUUAAUCUUCCACAGGUUUCCCAUCUACGGAUAAACAAGAGGGGCAGAAUGAAGUGCCCUGAAGGAUGCUUCUGAGUGAAAGUCCUUAGCUUCCUUCAGUGC